AUGAGCUUCUUCAUUGGCCAGCCGGAGAAGUCCAUCAACGAGCUGGUCAAGUGGACGAACGGGCAGCACCUCACCUCGGUGCGCGACAUCUGGCAGAACACGGUGGGCACCGCCUACCUCAUCUUUCCGCACGACAAGACCCCCGCGAUGACCGGCAUCUUCUACAGCGUCGAGCUACCGGAGACCAUCGCCCAUGGGAACGUCGAGAUUGUCUGGAUCAAUUAG